AUAGAAUACUGUAUUAUACAAGUGAUUUUUGGAAGAACACACGCAAUAUUGAAAGUAAUGAAAUAUCAAAAUAAAUGCAGUAUAUAAUGGUGCAAUGUAAAGGAGAUAAUCAAAGUGAUAUUUACAAAUGCUAUCAAUUCAAUAUGCAAAAUUUUGUAUAACUUUUAUUUAAAUUUUGCAUAUUGAAGUUAAUCAGGUUUUUAAUUGGCAGGUAGCAGAAUUUAUUAUUUGAAACGGAAAGAUGACCAUAAUUUAGCUAAGCAAAUCCACCCACACGCAAAACACAUGCACACAAAUACAUUGAUGUUUCUGAGAAAAUUUCUGGAAUUUAUUUGUUUAUAAUAAAAAAAAGGAAUUUUGUGUUCAAAAUAGUGUACGAUCCAGUUGCUAACACUUGAAAAAAUGAAAGAAAAAAAGAAAACCAGGGAGAUUUAUUUCAACCUACUUAAGAGUGAAGAGCCCUUCAAAACUUGAUUAAAUGGUUAAGACAAUAAUUCUCAACAAGUAAUCAUUUAUUUCGAAAACUUUCACUUUCAUGAUCAAAAUUCCUCCAGUGAAAAUAAUGGUAUGUUUUAGAGUUAUGUAGAUGCUAUUAAGUUUGCUCAGAUGCUUGUUAGACUGGAUUAAUUUAUAUAAAAAAAAUACCUUCGCUACCUCUGUUUGGAAGACGCUUCUUCAUUUGAAACAAAUUGUUUAAUGGAUAUAUUGUUAUGCAAUACACAUUGUAUUGUGUUUUUGGAAUAUUUUUUUUGCUGUUUCGGAGAAAUGUGAUGCUUUUCUACUAAUGGAAAUCCAUUAGACAAAAUUGUAUUUAAAGGCACUGAGAGAAAAGUGGAUUAAAACUUUGGAGAGCUAGGGAAAUGUAACCUUUUGUUGUGAAGAUUCCCUGCUAGCAUUCACAGCUGAUUAAAUCACUCUGUUGUUAUUUGUCGAAGUAGAACAUAAAGCUUUCAAAAUAAAUAAAAAACCAUAAUGGAGACGGCAUUAAUCGUUCAAAUGAUUUUGCUGAUUGUAGUAAUGGUCGUGACAAUUGGAACUAAUGUCAUAACUUUGUUCGUAAUUGCGUGUACCGAUUAUUUACGGAAUAUUAAUCGAGUGUACCUGUAUUCAAUGACAAUUUCCGACCUGUGCAUUGGAUUGUUCAUAUUUCCGUUUGCACUGUACAGUUUGAUAAUAAAUUCACUCGGUUAUCCGGAAAUUAACGAAAAAUUAUGUCACUUACAAGCAUACACAUUAAUUGUGUUGUUUUUAUCGGGAUUAUAUGCAAUAGCAUGGAUGAAUGUUGACCAUUACGUCGCAGUGCGUAAACCAGAACGAUACAAGGUUAUGAUGUCGCCACCAAGGUCACUGUGUUGGAUUGGUUUUGCAUGGAUAGCCGCGGUCAGUUUUUGUUCGCCACCCAUGUUGAGUUUCCAGGACACGCGGUAUUAUGAUGAAGUGUUUGUUUGUACAAUAUACAUAGGCUCAGAAAUUCCAUAUUUUAUCACUGCCGGAGUAUUAGCUUUAAUUCCACCUCUGUUAGUGCUGUUAGUCACAGACAUAUACCUUUUCACUCACGGGUUCAAGAAAAAACAAAAAAUGUAUGAAGCUGUAUUACUGGACGUUUCAUCACGUCCACGGAAUUACCAAAUCAACUUUUUAGUGUCAGUAAUCUAUUUCACAACUUGGUUGCCAUGGUGUUUAGUACGUAUUAGUAGUUUUUACGUAGAAUUCAUUCCGCAAGAAUUACAUUUCGUAACAUUUUGGAUCGCCAUGGGAAAUGGAUUUUAUAAGUUUUUUGUGUACACUGCAAUGAGCGUUGAAUAUAGACGUGGCUUGCGAGAACUGCUGAGGCAUUGUUGUUCCAUGGUAAAAUGUAACUGCUGUGAUACUGUGUUACCAAGGAGACAAAACUUGACUGUUAACUUGACGGCGACGCGUGUUGUUGCUAAACCAUCCACCAGCGGACCACCGCCAACCCACGUCUAACCAUUUUAAGUUUUCGGGCCAAAAAUCUAAAAAGUUAUAUAUAUUCAAGCAUUUAAUACAAUACAAUGUUUAUAUGUUAAAUGUUUUAUCAAGGUGGUUAAAUGAUUAUAAGUGUUCAUAUUAUUUGUUUUGCAAAAACCUUAUUUUUAAAUUCAUGUUCAUUAUCAAACGUUUGUAGUUGUUGUUUUUUGUAACCUUAGAUAAUGUUCUGAAUCAGUUCUUUGUAUUGUAAAGUAAUAAAACACAGGUUUUUAUCUGUGUGAUAUCUUAAAUAUGUAAAGCAUUUUUCUACACAUCUUAUUAUACAAUUACAUUUACUGUACAUUCGUAAAAAUAUAAAGAACACAGUUGUUUGUUUUGGUCAUAUAUGGAGUAUUUCUCAGUACAUAAUGGAGGAAUAUUGUAACUUUUUCUUUGCACAGCUUGCUCGUUAAUUAUUCAUUUAUUCUCUUAUGAAGGUUGUGUCUAAUGUUGUGCAUUCUUUUGUCUCAAGUAAAUAUUGUUAAUAAGAAAAAUAUAUGCCAACUGGCAUAAGAUUUUUGCAGUGUUUUAGUAUUGAAAUGGACUUUACAUGAUUUUAUGAACAUGAAUCAAUGUUAUUUUUCAUAAUGAUGGUAUAAAUAUAAUUCUUUAUUAUCAAUCAAUCAGCUGUCAGUGAGACACCGACAUAAUAUGGCUUGGCAAGUUAGUAGUUGCUUCUCCUUUAUAUCCCAGUGGGUUUUAAUCCGAGAGACAGAAUGGUGAUGCUUUUACUCAUUUGUGCCUGAAAUAAAUUUUUUGUACUGAAGGGCACCUGAGUAAAGCUGGAAAGAUACCAUAUGACCUAUACGUGUUGCUGCCAUGUAGAAAAAAACAACAGAAAAUAAUUUAUCAGUUAAAAUGAAGUUCUGUAGAUCUAUCAUCGUACUCUUAUCUUAUCUUGUCAGUUUCUAUGUCUUCAUGUUUACCCCCAAUGUCUAUGAUAAAAGGAGAAAAAAGAAUUGCUUUUUUUCUAAGGUUGGGAAAUUUGUCCCACUGCUUAUCCCUUUAAGUAUGUGAACAUCAAACUUCUAUGUUUCCUCAUUAAGAGCUAGCAAUGCCAGACUCUAUAUAAAUUUUGUGCGGCCCAUUCGCUUUAUUCAAAACAGUUUACUGCUCAGUCUGAUAUAUUAUUAAUAAUGAAAUAUAUCCCUGAUGGGAUAGUCUGGAAUUGAAACUGGGACAAGUCCAAUAUACAAAAUUAGGAUGGAAGGGACUAAGCUGAUCAGAAUAUUUUCAGUGUUGAUUUAUGUUUGCUUUGAAUUUCUUAUAAUAUUUAAAAUCCCAUAUUUUGAAACAUUUCAUAAAUAUACUAAACUUCUUUUUGUUAAAAUGCAUAAGGCACUGAAUAUGUAUGUUCUAAAUGUCUUUAAUCAAUAUGACAAACUUGGUCAAGGUAUGUCAAUCAAUAUGACAAACUAAGGUCAAGGCAGGUCCUAAAAUUCUAAAAUCAAUAUGACAAACUAGGUUAAGGUAUGUCCUAAAGUUCUUAAAUCAAUAUGACAAACUAGGUCGGUCAGUGUAGGUCCUAAACUUAAAUCAAUAUAACAAACUAGGUCAAGGAAGGUCCUAAAGUUCUUUAAUCAAUAUUACAAACUAGGUCAGUGUAGGUCCUAAAGCUCUUAAAUAAAUAUAACAAACUAGGUCAAGGAAGGUCCUAAAGUUCUUUAAUCAAUAUGACAAACUAGGUCAAGGUAUGUCCUAAAGUUCUUUAAUCAAUAUGACAAACUAGGUCAAGGUAUGUCCUAAAGUUCUUUAAUCAAUAUGACAAACUAGGUCAAGGUAGGUCCUAAAGUUCUUUAAUCAAUAUGACAAACUAGGUCAAGGUAGGUCCUAAAGUUCUUUAAUCAAUAUGACAAACUAGGUCAAGGUAUGUCCUAAAGUUCUUUAAUCAAUAUGACAAACUAGGUCAAGGUUUGUCCUAACGUUCUUAAAUCAGUAUGACAAACUAGGUCAAGUGAGAGCGUGUUGGAGUGAUUAACAUGUUGGACUUUGUAAUCUAAUAUUGCUGGCUCUCUUGGUUCAAACCCCAUCAGGGGCAAGACGUUUCCGUGAGCAAGAAACUUAACUUUCAUAACUUAGUACUAGUUAAUGCUUAAGGAAUAGAUUUGAAAGUAACAAUGUCAAUACGGUUAUAGCUAAUCCUACACAAUCAAACAGAAACAAAUUCUGUAUAAUCUAAAGAAAGUCUGCAUCUGAACUAAACAUCUGUUGUUAAUUAAGAUUGGGUGAUUUAUAUAGUGUUACUCAAAUGAUUGAUGCUAGAAAUUAUUACAUUUGUUUAAUUAUUACAAUAUUUUGUACCAUGUUAUAUUUAAUGUUAUAUUUUACUGUUACU